AUGCGCACGUCACACUUUCCAACGCCCGUGGUCAUUUCGAGAUCUUUAUCGCGACCGCGACAGCGCCAGCUUCAAGACCCGCUAUGGCGGGGCCGUUAUGAAAGACGAUACUCGGCAGAUUCACCCCCAGGGACGUCUGAUCGACAAAAGAAGCUGUCGAAAUUGCCUUUUCGAUUCGAAACGGGCAUUGGGUUAUUCGCUAAGCGGCAACCGAGACCCUUCCCCCCGCCCUUCACGUCGCCUCCGUCGGCAUCCUUCUCCGAUCCUCUAAGCACCCAUCAUCGAAGUCGCGAUCGAAGGGGGGCAUUUGUGAAUGGAGAACUCAUAAAGGGCCUAACGAAUGGAGAUGAUGCCGUCUAUGCGAGCGAUUUCUUUAUCUGCGCGAACGAUGGAGUCGGGGCCUGGGCGAUGCGACCACGCGGCCAUGCUGGUCUGUGGUCGCGAUUAAUCCUACAUUUUUGGGUGGCUGCUGUCGAAGAAGAUGUCCUUCGAUCCCUGUCCGCCGGUACACCACAUACACCCGAUCCCAAGUCUAUGCUCCAGUAUGCGUAUGAGCGGACACUUGAUGCCACCGUCUCUCUCGAUUGGCAAGGAACAACCACUGCAUGCGGCGCCCAAUUGCACUAUAGAGCCUCGAGCGACAACUUGUCAGUAAAUCCAUUGCCACUGCUGCUCGUUACAAACCUCGGAGACUGCCAAGUGAUGGUCCUUCGCCCGCGGAACAAGGAGGUUGUUUUCAAGACUAAGGAACAGUGGCAUUGGUUCGACUGUCCCAGGCAGCUUGGCACCAAUAGCCCCGAUACACCCAAGGACAAUGCUGUCGUGGAUACUAUAGAUUUGGAAGUUGGAGAUGUGGUACUAGCGAUGAGCGACGGCGUCAUUGAUAAUUUAUGGGAGCAUGAAAUCGUCGAGUCGGUUGUAAAGAGCAUCAGAAGCUGGGAGUCGGAAAAAGGAGGAGGGUUGAAAGAAGACAGAAUAGGUGGCCGCAAUGGCGGGAUGAAGGUGGCAGCGGAAGAGCUCGUCGCUGCAGCCAGAGUGAUUGCGAUGGAUCCGUUUGCAGAGAGUCCAUUUAUGGAACAGGCUAUUGAAGAAGGUUUGGCCAGUGAAGGAGGAAAGCUGGAUGAUAUUAGUGUGGUUGCUGCCUUGUGCGUUGAGAACAAGUGA